AUGAAAAAAAUUACAACUCAAACGUUUGAUUUAUUUGAACUUAUUUUCUCGAUUGUGAAUCACUUGUAUUAAUGUUUUUGUGGAAAGGAUGAGAAAGAGAAGCCCUCUCAAUAAGCACUUAUAGACUAUGAUUUUGUAUUCGGAUAAAUAGGAAAAUUAUUGUUAUUUAUAAUACAAAUAAUAUACUAUUUAGAUUACCAUAAAUUAGAUCCUGUGUAGACAUAUUUGCUGAUUUAUGGAUACUAUUUUUUUGCGAUUUUUAUUGUUUUGGUUGAAUAAAGAUACAUUUAUAAAGGAUAUUCUUACACAUAUCAUAGAAUAGUUGCUUAUAGAAUUAUGAAUAUAGUUGUGAAUUUAAUUACUUUGUGGGGACUCCAUAUAACUUAGUCCUUGCUUCAAAAUUGGGAGAAUAUCAAGAAGAAAGAAUUUGGAACUGCAGAGGUUAUACUAAUUGGACUUGUGUAUUUUACAGUAAUGGAAUUCUUACAAUUGUUAUUUCAACUAAGCACAAGAGCAUUUUCUUGUAUGAAAAAACAUGACAAUACAUAGGAAUAUGAUUCCAAAGGAGGUAGUGGUUAUUUAUGUUUUGGUUAAUUGAUAGGAAUGGUUGUUAUGGGAGGAAGUAUUAUACUAACUUAUUAUGAGAAGAAGAUCCCACUUUCAAAUCUAUACUAGGAUCUUAGAAUUAUUGUUUUGGAAGGUUCAGUAGCCUUAGAAUUUUUAUUCUCAUGGAUUUUUUACUGCAAGAGUAACAAGAUAAAGGGAAUUCCAAGAUCUAAAAAGGUGCUUUGCUUUGGAUAUGGGUUUUGUAUUGGAGGAAUGGGUAUAAUAUCAGGUCCAGCGAUCUUGGUAAUCGUAAUAAUUUAUGGGUGUUUACGGACCUUCCUUUGUUGUUGCUUAAAAUUGGAUUUUGAUUUACUUAUUUGUUGCUGGUGCGUGUAUUAGGAUAAAGGCCAUAAAUAUAAAGCAUCAAGUGUGCCAAUUCAAACGAAUGAUGAAUAAAAUGCAACAAAUGAGAGAUAAAUUUUACAACAAUGA